AUGAUAAGUCGGGAGAGAGGAGGACGCAAUGCCAAGUCGGGAGAGAGGAGGACGCAAUGCCAAGUCGGGAGAGAGGAGGACGCAAUGCCAAGUCGGGAGAGAGGAGGACGCAAUGCCAAGUCGUCGGGAGAGAGGAGGACGCAAUGCCAGGUCGAAAGAGAGGAGGACGCAAUGCCAAGCUGUGAGAGAGGAGGACGCAAUGUCAAGUCGGGAGAAAGGAGGACGCAAUGCCAAGUCGAGAGAGAGGACGCAAUGACAAGUCUGGAGAGAGGAGGACGCAAUACCAUACCAAGUCGGGAGAGAGGAGGACGCAAUGCCAAGUCGGGAGAGAGGACGCAAUGCCAAGUCGGGAGAGAGGACGCAAUACCAAGUCGGGAGAGAGGAGGACGCAAUGUCAAGUCGAGAGAGAGGAGGACGCAAUGUCAAGUCGGGAGAGAGGAGGACGCAAUGCCAAGUCGGGAGAGAGAGGAGGACGCAAUGCCAAGUCGGGAGAGAGGAGGACGCAAUGCCAAGUCGGAAGAGAGGAGGACGCAAUGCCAAGUCGGGAGAGAGGAGGACGAAAUGCAAAGUCGGGAGAGAGGACGCAAUACCAAGUCGGGAGAGAUAAGGACGCAAUGUCAAGUCGGGAGAGAGGGGGACGCAAUGCCAAGUCGAGAGAGAGGAGGACGCAAUGCCAUACCAAGUCGGGAGAGAGGAGGACGCAAUACCAAGUCGGGAGAGAGGAGGACGCAAUGUCAAGUCGAGAGAGAGGAGGACGCAAUGCCAUACCAAGUCGGGAGAGAGGAGGACGCAAUACCAAGUCGGGAGAGAUAA